UUUUGGGAAGAAAAAAGAUUUUCUUCUUCUAGCGACUUUCUUAGAGGCAACCAUGAUUGAAAAAAGUUUGGGUCUGAAACCCAUAUGUUUUGAGCUCUCAAUAGGGAAUUAUGGGAAACGUGAAGAGGGCACAUCUCGAAUUCCUGUAACCGCAAAAAAAGCAGCGACUCAAGAGGAACCUGAUGAGACCUCAGUCUUAAUAGAACCGGACCCUGUGGAGGAAGUUGUGGAAGAAGAAGAAGUCACACAGAGUGCCUGCAUCACCCCUCCCUCUGUACCAGUGGAAACGGAAUACGAAAGCUCCUACUACUGCCUCCCUUUCAAGGAAAAAAAACCCUGUCUACACCUGUGGAGUAGAUGGGAAGACCAAAGCUGGAGACUCUACAAUGUAAAUGCCCUUCAGCAGGUAUCGCAAGUGCUGGAGGAAGACCUCAAUACAGUGGAGCAAAUGCUAAAGAAAGAGAAAACGGGUACAGAGCAAAGGUUACAACAUGCCUUUGAAGCCCUGAAGAUCACAUGCAGACGAUACCUUAAUUAUCUGGACAAAGUUGUGAUGACAAGACCAAAUGCGUUAGAUUGUGGAAGGCAAAAGUCAAUGUCUCAUUAUAUUGAGAAACUGCAUGAGGAAGUAACCCAGCUUAAGAAGUGUUUGCACAGUGAAAAUAUUGGUGAGAUUGUCCUCCAGAUGAAAGAGAUGUUAAAAGAGCUUAAGCAGAGGUCUGAAGAAUCACAGAAUGUAAUUCCUGAUGUGUUCAUUUGGAUGUUCGGCAACAACAAAAGAGUUGCCUAUAUACGGAUCCCUGCUCACACUAUAUUGUUUUCUGUUGCCAAGCAAGAAAAAGGAAAAGACUGUGGACAGAUACAAACUGUGUUUCUCAAAACACCUGGACUCGAGAGCAGAGUUAUGGCAAGAUUGGAAAUUAGCCUGUGGUUCGGACCCUCUAAAUAUGCAAAGAACGCCAUCGUCACCCUUCCAGCUGGAUUUAAUAUCAAUAAUGAGGAAGAGGAAUCAGUCAUUUCAGGCAUCACAUUGCCAAGCAAUCUCAUCACUGAGGUUCAGAGUUUUUUCCAAAUGAGAGCACAUUUCUACCAGGCACGCGGUUUGCUGGCAGCAGAUGAAAAUGGACUUGCUGACCCUUUCGCAAAAGUAACAUUUUCUGCCUUUUCCCAGUCUACCAAGGCUAAGGAAUCCAAUCGCUGGUUCUGGGUGAAAGCAAGAAGACAGGGGAGGCAGUGGAUGCACAAGGUGAUUGAAGAGACACUGUCUCCAACAUGGGGUGAGACUUUGAUAUUUGAUCACAUUCUGAUAGAAGGAAGCAGGGAGGAUUUCCAAAGUGAUCCACCUUCUGUUUGUGUCGAGAUAUAUGAUCAAGAUUAUUUUGGCAGUCCAGAGUACCUGGGGCAAUGUUUCAUAGUUCCUGUGGUCUUUCUGGAAGGCGAUGAGUAUGUGCAGCCAAGCCUGCGCAUCUUUGACAUCACUAGGGGAAUGAGACAUGCUGGAGAACUGCUGGCAGUGGUGGAGUUCAUUGAGCUAGACUAUUCCUCAUUUGGAGAGCCUAAGAUACCAGAACAUAUUGUACCUCAGGAGCUGGAGUACCAAGAUAAAUAUGUUAUUCCAGAAGGCAUUCAGCCUGUUCUGGAACCGUACAGAAUAGAGGUGUUGUUAUGGGGCCUGCGGGACCUUAAGAACCUCAACAUCUUGUCCAUGAAUCAGCCUAUGGUGAUUAUGGAGUGUGCAGGAGAGAAGCUGGACUCGUGCAUGAUUGAGAACUACAAGACAAAGCCCAACUUCAAGAAAACAGUUGACUAUUUUGUCGUUGAAUUCCCCAUUGACCCUGAACUGCAUCCUCCUCUCACUAUUGUGGUAACGGAACGAAGGCUGUUUGGUGGCGUUGGUCUCAUUGGUACCAAAAGUUUGUCAUCCCUGGAGCAGUUUGUCUUUGGUAGGAAGAAGAAGUCAAGAAAGAAAGUUAAAAGUUAUCAACAGGUGCAGUCCUUUUCAACUGAACAACUCCCAGAAAGUAAAAAUGAAGAAGGUGAGAGUGAGACAAGUGGCAAAGGUCAUUAUUUAGUGAGGAAGACAAAGGAAAUGUUUCACUUCAGAAAAGAAAACAAAAAAGAAAAUCUUUCUGACAACCCUCCAAAACUGGUUAUUAAUCAGGAAACCUCAGCAAGCAAUGAGGAAGAUGAAAGUGAGCUGGACUGGUGGUCUAAAUUUUAUGUUUCCAAAGAAUUGAAUGGUGAAACUCCUCUUUUGGAUGAGCAGAGACACAGCAGGGUAAUAGAUAAAUCCUGGAAUGAAUAUCAACUGGGCUUAAACGCAAACUCUACAACUGCAAAAAUGACACCAUUCUUGAUUGUCCCAUUAAAGAUUUUUCACGGUGAUCUUGAGAAGGAGUUCAACAACUUUGAAGACUGGCUGUGUACCUUUACACUCUACAAAGGCAAAAGCAGAGAUGACUAUGAGGAUGAGGAAGACAGAACCACUGGAAAGCUCAAGGGGUCCUUUUGCAUCUACCCAGAGAAAGAGGCUCAGGAAAACACAUUCCGUAUCUCUGAGGGAAUGCCUCCUAACACUCCCAUUCAAGUAACUGUCAGAGUGUAUGUAAUACUGGCCACUAACCUGACCCCAGCAGAUCCGAAUGGGAAAGCCGAUCCGUAUUUACUUGUUAAACUAGGAAAUGUGGAGUUGUCAUCUAAGGACCGGUAUAUACCAAAGCAGCUGAACCCUGUAUUUGGAGAGUUCUUUGAGCUCAUUGCACACUUCCCUUUAGAGACUGAGCUAAUGAUACAAAUCCUCGACCAUGACCUAGUGGGCAGUGACGAUUUAAUUGGAGAAACAAAGAUCGACCUUGAAAAUCGCUAUUACAGCAGGCAUUAUGCUUGUUGUGGGCUUCAACGGACCUAUAACACGUCAGGGUACAACAGCUGGCGAGAUGCUAGAAAGCCUACUCAGAUUCUCACCAAGCUUUGCAAAGAGUCUGGCCUUCCAGAGCCUGUUUAUGACAUUGCUGCAAAAGAAGUGAAGAUUGAAGCAAAAGUAUUUGAAGUACCUGACGACAUACUGCAACUUGGAAAAACUACAGAAGAACAAGAAGAAAAUGCAGCCUUGCAUGUUCUACAUAACUGGGCUGACAUGCCAAUAGCUGGCAUUGAGCUGGUUCCUGAGCACGUGGAAACUAGAUCACUCUUCAGUGUUGAAAAACCAGGAAUGGAGCAGGGCAAAGUUCAAAUGUGGGUAGACUUGUUCCCUAAAGAAUUACCCACGCCACCACCAGUGAAUGUGUCUCCACGGAAACCACAGAGUUAUGAACUUCGAGUCAUUAUUUGGAACACAGACGAUGUCAUACUUGAUGAUGUGAAUCCAGUCACUGGAACCAAAUCCAGUGACAUUUAUGUGAAAGGCUGGAUUAAAACAAUGGACCAUACCAAGCAGGAAACUGAUGUCCAUUUUAACUCAUUCACUGGGGAAGGUAACUUCAACUGGAGGUUCAUCUUCCGGUUUGAUUUCCUGCCCUCAGAAAAGCAGAUUGUCUACAAGAAGAAGGAGUCCUUGUUCUCACUGGAAGAGUCUGAAUACCGUGUAGCACCUAUCCUCAUCCUGCAAGUGUGGGACUAUGACUUGGUCUCUGCCAAUGAUUUCCUUGGUGCCAUUGAAAUUGACUUGACCAGAAUGGUUACUGGUAUUAAAACAGCAAAGCAGUGUUCUGUGAACAUGGCAGUAGAGGGCACGUACCCGACAUCGUCCAUUUUCAAGAAGAAGAGAGAGAAAGGAUGGUGGCCGUUUACGAAGGUGAAAGAAGCAGAGGAGGAAGAAGAGGAAAAAGAAAAUGACAAUAAGACAAAGAAAAAGAAGAAGGAAAAGGAGAGGGAAACUGUGACUGUAGGAACAGGAAGUAGUGCCUACAUCUUGGAGCUUACAGGCAAAGUGGAAGCCGAGUUUGAGCUUCUGACUUCUGAGGAAGCAGAGAAACACCCAGCCGGUGAAGGAAGAGAAGAACCUCAACCACUUGAAAAGCCAAAUCGUCCAACUGUUUCAAUGUCAUGGAUUGUGAACCCCUUCAAGACUCUUUAUUUCUUCAUAUGGAGAAACUACAAGUGGUAUAUAAUUUUCUCCCUGCUUGGUGUUUCUGUUACAUCCUUCCUUGUCAUGCUUGUGUACACUUUCCCAGGUAACAUCACCAACAAGCUCACAAUUGGGUGAGAGAAGCUCCCUCUUUCUGUCGCUGCACACCAGUGACUUGCUGAAAGGAGGAAGAUGAAUGAAGUUUUAAGAAAUGUCUUAUUCUUUAGCUGUUGAGAGAUACAAAAGUUGUAUGAAUUGUUUUUUAGGCCCACCAUCUGUGGCAGUUGUUGCCAUUCUUGCUGCUGCACUUAACUGAAAAAUGUACAAACACUGUAGGAGACCUGGGUUUUGUAUGACAGAUGGUGCACAGGCUUGUGAGCUUGCAUGUUCUAACCUUGGCUGCUCCACAUUUUCUCUUCUGACUGAGGACCCACAUGGAUACUUACUAUAUGUCCAGGAGAGCGAAGAGAGAAAACUGUUAAUGCUUGACUUAGGUCACAGGACAAAUCUGUAUCAGGCACUGCUGCAUUACAUUGAUACAUAAAAUUAAAGUGACAGAAGAGACUAAAUUCUAAGAGAUCACUGGAGGGUCAGGAAUUAACAACAAUCAAUCCUAUUAUAAGUCUUGUUUUUCUUUUAUUAUUGAGCCUCCUUAUAGUAUCAAGUACAUUUUUAACACUAGUCUUUCGAUCCUGUAUCUGCUCAAGCUUUGUUAACCUAUGCAACUAUAAUAAUGUAUUAUUGUAAAAAAAAAAAUCCUGAGCGGUGUAAUCCAAAGUUUGUAUUGUUUUUUAAUACCUCUUGAUAGCCUCAGUUGCAAUAUAAUAUUUCCCAUCUAAUUUUUGUCCAUGCAAAAUAUUAAGAACUACUUAAUGUUAUUCUCUUACCAUCAUGUAAAAAACUUCAUUUUCAUAAAUGUAUUAGAAAACAAAUCAGCUCUCCAUCUAAAGAGAAUCAGGAAAGAAUAAAUGCUUUCUUAAAAAAAAAAACUAUUGCUGGUUUCCAGGGCUGUAAAUCUACAGGGCCUUCUUGGUUGUUAUUUUUCUUUUUUACGUAUUUAAAAUGAACAGUGGUUCAGUUAAGCAACUUAAGCCAUAGAUUUUGGCAACUUUCGGGGAUCACAGUUUGCACUGUCCUAUAUGUAGCCGAAGUCUUACUUUUCUAGGAAAUCAUUUAAAAAUUUGCAAGUUGCAAGAUACUACACUAGAGACAGGCUACAUAAUAUAACGGAGAAAGAGGACCAAAUUAAAUCUAGGCUUUGACACACCCGAUUGAAAAAUCCAGUCAGUACUUUAUGGUGAUUUCCAAUGAGAACGAAACUUCUGAGAAACAACAUCAUUUAAUGGGCUGUUUAAAUUUUAUUAUUGAUGGCUGUGUUGACAGCUAGAUUUCUAACAGACCUUUGGAGUCUGUUAUAUUAGUCUAUAUUUCAAAGAUGGAUUCCGACAGACUCGGCCUGGUGGUUCAGUGAUUAGUAUUGUGCCUCACAGUGCUGGGACCCUAUUCCAGAUCAGUGCUGGUUCAAUUCCAGACCUGGGAUGCUAUCAGGUUGGAGUCUGUAUGCUCUCCCGGCAUUUAUGUGGGUUUUCUCUGCAUGUUUUGUUUUUCUCCCACAAUCCAAAAACUGGUUGGUUAAAUUGGCUUCUGGGAACAUUGGCCCUGGUGUGAGUGUGGGCUUGUCUGUAUCCAUGUGUCCUUUAAUGGACUGGUGUCCCAUCCUGGGUGUAUCCUACCUUGCACCCAUUGCUUGCGGGGAUAGACUCUGACUCCCCAGCGACCCUGAAUCGGAAGAAUUGAUUAGAGAAUGAAUGGAUGGGUUUCUGACCUGUAAAAUGAUUAAAACACCAGACAUUACACUUUAUUGUUAUUUUUAAUGGAGAUCAAAGAAAAAGAACCCAAGCAGGUUAAAUAAAACAAAAUUAAACUACAUUGAAUUUAAAAUUAAAGAGCAGCUUUUGUUUGCUAAACAAAAUACGCUUUUCAUUAGCAUAUGUCUUAUAUAUGUAAGAUCGACAUAAAACUACUUCAAUUAAUCGGAUGUUCAACUGAACUGCUGUUCCAAACAAGAACCACACUAGUUAUCCAUGUGGGGAAAGCUGGUGCUCUCCUAGUUUCAGAAGCAUGUGAACCACAAAUAGUUGCUAAAAUCUUCCAAUGUGUCUUUAGUUUGAUGGCAUUAGAAGAUUUUAACAGAUUCACAUAUGAAAAGUCAUACAAAACACUUUUGAAAAAUAAUCUUUCUUUGUUGAACAUCAACUCAAACUGCAUUUUCAAUCAAGACUGAAUUUUCUCACCUCUGAGUGGGCACUUCAACAACACUAGAUUAAAGAUGUAGUACCGUACCUUUCGAUACCUUUGAUGGUUCUUUAGAGAUUGAUAGCCAGGUCUUAUUUAGAUUGUAGUCUAUUUUUUCUGCAGAAAGCAACCCUUUUCCAUCUUGGCAUAGCUGAAAGAGCCUUUUCAUUAGCCUACGUCUUUUCAAAAACAUAGUAUACUAGUCUUUUAAUUGGACUCAAUGGAUCAGAUCAUUUUAGACUUGACACCACAUAAUUAAUAAACCUAGUGCUCUCACAUUACAAUCAGUAUGAUUUUAAAUACUUUAUUUUCCAUGUACCUUGAACAAGGUUAUAGUGAAGGCUUUAAAUACAAAACCUCAUUAAAAUGUUCUCAUAUGAGGAGGCAGAAUUAAAAGCACAACUGAAAGGUUUUGAAAAAGAUUUUUUCAGUUGUGCUUAAUUUAACAUAAAAUCAUGAAAUUUGGUGGAAUCAUACCGCACAUGGAAGAUGGGAAUAUAGAUGAUUUGAACAAUGUAACAGGUCAAAUUAUUAAGAAAACGCAGAAAGAUUUAAAUUCUAAAAACUCUCAAAAGAGAAAAAAAAUGCUUCUAUUAAUUCUCCAAAACAGACCAUCUUGUUAAUGAAUGAACCCAGGAGGCAGAAACGUGUAGCAAGGUGUUGAUUAUGAGAAAAAGCACUGCUCUGCAGCAGAUGAAGAAUUUAUGAGAUCCUGGAUGUCCUAUGUAAAGAGCAUAUCAGGGGACCCUGAAUAUUAGUAGCUCAUUAAUGACGUAGUGUUCCUAGAUCAUAAAACAUAUGCUGCUGACAUCUUCAAUACACAAACAUGAACAGGAAAGGGGUAUAUCUGUGGGUUCAGCUGCCUGUAGUUCUCAGUAUCUCUGAGGUUUCUAUACAUUAAAUCUCUGAUGAGAAAAAAAAAACUUAUUUUUAAAAUGACUUAAUAUAGGAACAGUAAUGUACAAGUGACAUUACUCAGCUCACACAUAAUGUUUGAGAAAAAGCAUCUUUGUGAAAUAACUUGUGUAGAACGCUAAGAGGUCUUAAGCCUUUCAGUUUCUACCAUGAAGUAUAUACAGUAAUAACCUGGGGAAAACUGGUCAAGGAAUCCUUCAAAACUAAAAAACAUGAGGCAAAUUAGUAAAGGCAGGUUAGUAACAAAAAACAUGCAAAAAUUACAAUACAAAUAAUGCAAAAGACAAAGCCCUUGUAUCACUGCUUUUUCUUUAAUUUCAAGGAAUUUUAGUUUCACUUAUCGCUACAUUACUAGGCUACAAUAUGAUAUAUAUAUAUACGCCUUCCCAAUGGUUUAAAAUCAUUCAUUUACUUUUCUUGCACUGUCACAGGAGAUUAAAUCUUCACUUUAUCCUAUUAUAUAGUUGUAAUGGAUGCUUGUGAACUGGCGUUUUCAGGCUUCUAGUAAAAAGAUAUGGCAGGGCAAAAAUGCUGCUUUAUUACAGUAUGUUGUGAAGACCAGUGUGUAAUUUCAACACACAUCUUAUUUUAAGGAUUAUACAUGAUAAUAUACUGUAUAUUAUACAUGAUAUCAUUCAUAUUUUGUUUGAAUACAAAAUCUCUGAUUAUUUUUGAUAAGUACAACACACUGGAAAAAAAAAAUCAAGAGACUUAUGUCACUGGAGUGCCUAUUAUGAUUUUUCUUAAUUGAAAUUUCUCUGCCUCCUAUACUGUAGAUGUGUUGGGGCAUUUAAACAGUUCCUAUUGGGUGAAAAUUCCUCAAUUAGACUUAGGAAUAUUAGGGGGCUUUUCCACAAUGAACACUUUCUCCCACCCACUGAGUUAACAUGUUCUAGGUGAACAUGCAGGAAUGAAAUUAUUGAUAAUGAAACUCACACCAAGACACCGCAAAAAGGUAUAAAACACCAGUCUUUGGGAACCCAAGUAUAAUUAUAUGAAUUGGUCUAUGAAUGCUCAUACUGUAUUUUAAAAAUGACAAAAAACAAUGGCUGAACAAAAGGUUUGGAUUUUUAAAAUUUUAAAUUGUAUUGUGCCAAGACAUAGCACUAUAGUAACUGUCCCACUGUGCUUAUAGAGGAGGAUCUUUCCAGACUUGCCUCUGGUAAAUCAGGAAUUUGCUAGUUGAUUUUUAAUGGACAAAAGAUCACUUUCAUAAUUUAAGGUUACCUUGGGUUAAAGUGAGUUGCAUUCAUAUGAUAAAGGAUUUAAAAGGAAUACAAAAACCUGAAACAAUUUGUUCAGCCUUAUAACACAUUCACAAGCAUUCUUAUCGCCAUGCAAUCGCAACAAUUAAGGUUGCCAUCAAGGCUAACAAAAUUCAGAUUACUACUUGAGAUCAGAUUGCCUGAACUGAUUAGUUGUGUUAAUGCUCUUGUUUUAAAGACAAUGAAAUCCCCGUUAUUAGGUUUAAUCCAGUGCAAUAUAGGUUUUUUUAAACAAAUCCUGAGCAUGCUUUUUUCAACACAUAAGAAACCUGUCUUCUGAAUGUUAAUAAAUAAUGAAUGCAGCAUAGUAGUUAUUUAUUAGAUCUUCAUAAGCACCUUCACUAAAGAAAGCAAAUGUAAACAGUGCAUGCUGUGUCACAUUUCUGCCCGUUCUCCUGGCAUGCUUGUGAAUGCUGCCCAAGGUCAACCUGCAACAUUACAUCUAGUUAACUGUACACCUAUUACGAGCUAAAAUCCGGAGUAUUACGGAUCUCUCAGAUGUUCUGCAUAGAACUCUACUAUCUCUCCUAGGACCUGUGCUAACAUCCCAUAAUCUGGUGCUUCCAACAUCUACUGUAUUAAUAUAUUAACUAGAAUGUCAAGACACUUACCAGUGCUUUGCAGUGCUGGGAGACAAAGCUAACAAUUACAAGAAAAAAAGUUUUCCUUUCCUUGCAACACUACCAUCACCAGACAGCUGACAGAAGCUAAAACUAUUAAUACAAUCACAUUUCUACACCUAUAUCUAACUAUAAAUAGUCCUAUAACUAUGUUGAACCACAUAAACAACUGACUAAAUGUACAUUUUGUUGUUGUAGAAAAUGCAUGUUUAUCAGUUAUGCUGGUGCUUUCCAUUGACUUCAAUUUUAACAAGAUAACACUUUACAUGAAUAUCUAGUUCCAGUUUAUUUAAAAUGGAAACUCAGCAUAAUUUUCACUGUUGAAAAUGGUCAACAGUAUUGCAGCUACUUCUUAUUUAUUCCUUACUAUGGCCCAGCUGUUAUACAGUGCAAUACCCAGGUAUGGUAUGCAAUGGUGUGAAUGCAUGAAAUGUUUCAACAGGAUACUACAAUUGCAAACAGAGAGUGCAAUAAAUGAACAGCCUAGAGCUGCUGGUUUCUCAUUCUUACCUAGAUACUGGGUAUCUGUGCACUAAAUUCUUGUUUAGGAGUGUUCUGUACUCUUGCUCUACAUAUACUGUAUCUAAACUAACCAAUUGCACA